CAGCUGUUGGGCCGCCAAGAUUAACUUCAUUUCUUCGGGCUUAUGCCAAUGUCAGCAGGAAAGGAAAAGAGGAUGAUUAUGACUUGGCCCAAAUCUUGGCAAUCAAAAGAGAACAGCGAAGGCAGCGAAUGAAAGAGAGCGGAGUCACAUGGCCUCGCAUCAAGAGCCAGGUGGAGCGUCUUGGGAGAGAGAAUGGGGUUAAUUUAGAUUGUUAUUUGCGAGAAGUAGCAGAAGUGGCACGCCAGGUUGCCCCGGAGUUGGACACACGUGACGAGGCAGCCUCCCUGCUCUUCACUGUCUCCCACGAUCAUGUAGUACUGCCUGUGAAACACAAACUCAAGCUGCACCAGAUGUUUGGCGAUGUGAAGCCUUAUUUGUUGGAGAGGGCUCAUAAGGCUGUUCGCAAUGUUGCUGAUCUCGUUGGUGAAGAGGAACUCCAGGAGAUGAUGCAGAAUAUGCAGAAUGAUCAAGAGACAACUACAAUGUUUGGAGCUAAUAUUAAAGUUGGAAAACUAGGACCACCUCCUGAAUUGCCACCAAUGGAUAAACUGAUCAACCUACAAAAAGUUAAAGUAGAAUCUAAAGCAACCUUACGAUAUGAUGAUUACAAACCAGAGACAGUUCAGACUCAAGUAAAGAAGAAGGUGGUUAAGGAUACAUACGACAAGUCGUGGGUAGAAGCAGAGAUGCUGAAAUAUUACACUGACACCAGCAUAGUCUCAGAGCUAAGCAGUGGAACCAUUGCACUCCUGAUUAGCAGCAAGGGUGAUGAUGAACUGCAGAAUGAGAUGUUUGAGUUAUUAGGAUUUGAGAGAUUUGAACUUAUCCAGACACUGCUGCAACAUCGAAAUGAGAUUAAAAACCCACCACCAGACAAAGAUAUAAAGAUUGCAGAAUUGCUCAGUGACUUAGAGAAGAGAGGAAUACCCGAAAGACCUAUUUUUGGUCAGCAAGUCACUGUUAUGAAUGAAACCGAGAAGCAGUACCUCAAGCAGGCAAGGAAGGAGGAAAAGAAGCUGCUAAAGACUGCCAAACAGAUAGCAGAGGAUGACUCAAUAGAUGACUUUAGUCCAGAGACACUAAAAGCAAAAAGAGAAGCUGCUCUUUUAGAAGCUUCCCAGGUAUAUCUCUUCAAGAAACGUGAAAGAGUGAAUGUCCCAGAGAUAAGAUUUCCCUAUGUGUUUGAUUCUCAGAACAAAGCCAAGCAGACAGCAGGCUACAUAGCAGGCAUGAAAAUAGCUUUGCCUGAAGGCUUCACUAGGGCUUAUGAUGAUGUAAUGGAAGAAGUGGAUAUUCCAAUGUCAGAUCCAGCUCCUCCAGAAGUUGGAGCUAAUCUCAUAAAUAUAAAGGAGCUUGAUGAGAUUGGAAGAAUAGCAUUUAAAGGUUGCAAGACACUGAACAGAAUCCAGACAGUAGUUUAUCCAUCUGCAUACCACAGCAAUGACAACUUACUUAUAUGUGCUCCAACCGGUGCUGGUAAAACCAACAUAGCUAUGUUGACUGUUGUACACCAAAUUAGACAGCAUAUUGAAAAUGAUGUUAUUCAGAGAGAUAAAUUUAAGGUGAGUUUGGCCUUCAUAUUUUCAAGUGUUAAAUAUCUCACUUUAAACAUAGACUUGAAGUUCAUAUGCAUUAGAGACACUCAGUUGUCACAGCUUGUAAAAUUACUGAUUAUUGAUGAAGUUCACCUACUUCACGGUGAUCGAGGACCUGUGCUGGAGACUUUAGUUGCGAGAACAUUGCGCAUGGUGGAAUCUCAGCAGUCAAUGAUCAGGAUAGUUGGUCUGUCUGCCACACUUCCAAAUUAUAUUGAUGUGGCAACCUUCCUCAGAGUUAAUCCUUACAAAGGGCUAUUCUUCUUUGAUGGACGUUUCCGGCCGGUGCCUCUUGGAUUGACCUUCAUCGGUGUCAAAGCUCUUGGAAGGUUCAAGCAGAUGGAAGAUAUGGAUAGGAUUACCUAUGACAAAUGCCUUCACUUCAUAAAGCAAGGUCACCAGGUGAUGGUAUUUGUCCAUGCAAGGAAUGGAACUUUGCGAACUGCUGAAAAUCUUAUCAAGAUAGCACAAGAGAUGGGUAAAACAGAAGACUUCCUGCCUGAUGAUGGACCUGAUGUUGCCAAUGCCCGAAAAGAGAUGGCACGAUCACGGAACAAAAAGCUGUUGGAGUUGUUUGACGCAGGUUUUGGUGUGCAUCAUGCUGGGCUGCUGCGAGCUGAUAGGUCAGCAGUUGAGAAUGUUUUUAGCCAGGGAAUGAUCAAAGUGUUGGUAUGUACAGCUACCCUUGCCUGGGGUGUUAACCUUCCUGCUCAUGCAGUCAUCAUUAAGGGAACAGACAUUUAUGAUAGCAAACAUGGGACCAUGGUUGACUUGGGGAUUCUAGAUGUGCUGCAGAUUUUUGGACGUGCUGGUAGACCGCAGUUCGAUAAGAAUGGUCAUGGAACCAUCAUCACCACGCAUGAUAAAUUGGCUCAUUAUCUGUCUUUGUUAACUAAUCAGUAUCCUAUAGAGAGUUCGUUCAUCAAGCAUUUGGCAGAUNNNNAUGGAUUCCAGGUGUCACUUGGUAAUGUCACCAAUAUGGAAGAAGCUAUUGAAUGGAUGAGUUAUACGUACCUCCAUGUCCGCAUGAGAAAAAACCCUCAGGUGUAUGGAUUACUGUAUAAGGAUGCCCAGCAGGAUCCUAAUCUUGAAAUGUUUCGACGUGAGCUUCUCACCACAGCUGCGAGGGCACUGGAUAAGGCUCGUAUGGUUCGAUUUGAUGAUGCCACUAGCUUUAUGCAUAUUACAGAUCUAGGGAGAAUUGCCAGUCAGUUCUACAUAAAGUAUGACACAGUUGAAAUUUUCAAUGAGUUUUUGAAAUCUGUUAUGAAUGAAGGAGACAUUUUAGCUGUGAUAUCACAAAGCACAGAGUUUGCACAACUAAAGGUACGAGACGAGGAGAUGAAUGAACUGGAUGACCUCCACCAGCAGUGUGAGGUGGUUGCAAUGGGAGGUGCUGAACACGUACAUGGCAAAGUCAACAUCCUUUUGCAAUCCCACAUCUCACGCAUCAGAGUAGAUAGUUUCUCACUGGUGUCAGAUAUCAAUUAUAUUACUGAUAACUCUGUGAGGAUAACACGGGCACUCUUUGAGAUAGUUCUGCACAGGAAUUGGCCUCUGAUGGCAGGUCGUCUGCUUACUAUGGCCAAGAUGUUAGAACACCAGAUGUGGCAUUUUGAGAGCCCUAUGAAGCAGUUUGCCCGCUUGACCCAUGAGAUUAUUGAGAAGAUUGAGGACAAGAGGCUCACCAUUGAGAAGAUCAGAGAUAUGGAUCCUAAGGAAAUUGGCAAGAUGAUCCGGCACGAAAGGAUGGGAAGGGAAAUUAAAGCUGCUGCUUGGCAAUUUCCACUACUUGAGAUAGACUCCAAAAUCCAACCCAUCACAAGAACCGUUCUUAGGGUUACACUAAACAUCAAUGCAGAUUUCACUUGGAAUGACAGAAUUCAUGGGAGUCAGGAAUUGUAUUGGAUAUGGGUAGAAGAUCCUGACAACAACCACAUGUACCACCAUGAGCAGUUCACACUCACCAAAAAGCAAGUUGUACGAAGAGAGGAGCAGCAGUUGGUCUUCACUAUACCAAUCUUUGAGCCACUGCCAAACCAGUACUAUGUAAGAGCCAUCAGUGACAAGUGGCUCAGCUGCGAGUCUACGUGUGUGAUGAAUUUCCAGAAUCUAAUUCUCCCAGAGAGACAUCCUCCUCACACUGAUUUACUUGAUUUAGAACCACUGCCAGUGACUGCCCUUGACAACAUGGAGUUUGAAAUGUUGUACAAGUUCAGCCAUUUCAACCCCAUACAGACCCAGCUUUUCCACUGCUUAUAUCACACAGAUAAUAAUGUAUUACUUGGAGCUCCCACUGGUUCUGGCAAAACAAUUGCUGCUGAGAUAGCCAUGUUCAGAAUAUUCAGGGAAGCUCCAGAGGCAAAGAUUGUCUACAUUGCCCCACUGAAAGCUCUUGUGCGAGAACGUGUAGAUGACUGGCGCGUAAGGCUCCAGGAAAGGCUUGGGAGGAGGGUUGUCGAGCUGACCGGUGAUGUGUCACCAGAUAUUAGGGCCAUUCAGGCUGCCCAUGUGAUUAUAACUACACCUGAAAAGUGGGAUGGUAUAUCUCGCUCAUGGCAGACUAGGAACUAUGUCAAACAAGUAGCGUUGAUUAUCAUCGAUGAGAUUCAUUUACUAGGGGAGGAUCGUGGUCCAGUCCUUGAGGUGAUUGUGUCGCGCACAAACUUCAUUUCCAGCCAUACUAGUAAGAAGUUGCGUGUCAUUGGCCUCUCUACUGCUCUGGCCAACGCUAAAGACUUGGCAGAUUGGCUUGGCAUUGGGCAGAUGGGCCUGUAUAAUUUCCGUCCAUCUGUGAGACCUGUGCCGCUUGAAGUUCACAUUGCAGGUUUUCCUGGGAAACAUUAUUGCCCACGUAUGGCAACCAUGAAUAAACCAACAUUCCAAGCCAUCAAGCAGCAUUCACCUGAUAAGCCAGUGUUGGUGUUUGUCUCAUCACGUAGGCAGACUAGGCUUACAGCCAUUGACCUCAUGGGUUUUGUGGUAGUUGAAUCCAAUCCUAAACAGUGGUUGAAGAUGCCAGAUCAUGAGAUGGAUCAGAUAUUGACAAACAUUCGCGAUGAGAACCUUCGCCUUUGCUUGUCGUUUGGGAUUGGUCUUCACCAUGCGGGCCUGGUAGAGAGAGACAGGAAGGUUGUUGAGGAGUUGUUCGUCAACCAGAAAAUCCAGAUCCUCAUUGCAACAUCCACCCUUGCUUGGGGAGUGAACUUCCCAGCCCAUCUUGUUGUGGUCAAGGGGACUGAGUACUAUGAUGGGAAAACAAAGAGAUAUGUAGACUUCCCAAUUACAGAUGUGUUGCAAAUGAUGGGGCGAGCAGGUAGACCUCAGUUUGACACUCAAGGUGUUGCGGUCAUUCUUGUUCAUGACCAGAAGAAGCAUUUCUAUAAGAAGUUCCUCUAUGAACCGUUUCCUGUGGAGUCCAGUUUGAUGGGCGUCCUGCCUGAUCACAUGAAUGCUGAGAUCGUUGCUGGCACCAUUUCCACAAAGCAAGAAGCUUUGGAUUACUUAACUUGGACUUAUUUCUUUAGGAGGCUUGUCCAGAAUCCAUCCUACUAUGGACUAGAACUGGAUGAUGAGGAGAGAGCAAAUAAUGCCAUUAACACCUUUCUCUCUCAAACUGUAGACAGGGCAUUGACUUGUCUAGAAAAUGCAUAUUGCAUUGAAAUUGGAGAGGACAACCGCACUAUCAGGACGACACCACUUGGCCGCAUCGCUUCCUUCUACUACUUGUCCCACGAGACAAUCCAGCUCUUCCAUGAUAAGCUCAGUGCUGGCAUCUCUAUGGAAGAGCUUUUGGAUCUGAUGACACAGGCACAUGAAUAUAAUGAGUUGCCAGUUCGUCACAACGAGGACAACUUGAAUGCUGUGUUAGCAAAAUCCUGUCCCAUCAAAGUGAAUGAAUACACAUAUGAUUCUCCCCAUACGAAGACCCACUUGCUACUACAGGCUCACAUGUCUAGACUAAAGUUACCUUGUGUAGAUUACCUCACUGACACAAAGUCUGUUUUGGAUCAGGCUAUAAGGAUUUUACAGGCUAUGUUGGAUAUCUGUGGGUGUGCAGGCUGGCUGGCUGCUUCUCUACAAGUCCAAGUGUUGAUGCAGAUGGUUACUCAAGCACGCUGGCACAUGGACAGCUCCCUUCUGACACUGCCCAAUGUUACUUCUGACACUUUGUAUUGUUUCAAACAUGAUGGAAGAGGUAUUCAGAGUCUGCCAGAGCUUGUGCAAGUUGUUAGCGGGCAGUACGAAACACUGGCGACAAUGCUCCGAGAAGAACUAGAUGAGGGACAGAUUGAAAAUGUCUUUAAGGUCAUAAAACUUCUCCCUUUGCUCAAUGUCAAUGUGGCUGUGCGAGGUUGGUGGGCUAACACAGAGAAUCAGUCAGAAGCCAGAGUCAACAUCAGGAGCACAGAGGAGAACCGCAAGAACAGUGACUGGGUCGAGGUCCAUGCAGAUCAGGAAUAUUCCCUGGCCAUCCACCUUCACCGUGUGAACAGGGGUCAAGACCUUCGCAUCCAUGCUCCCAAGUUCCCAAAGCCAAAGGAUGAAGGCUGGUUCUUGGUCCUAGGGGAGGUAGAGUCUGGGGAGUUGCUGGCACUCAAGCGAGUGCCACCUGUCCGUGGCAGAGCCACUCACACUCUCUCCUUCAAGACACCUGAUCAACCAGGACGAGCAGUACUGACACUUUACGUGAUGUCAGACAGCUAUCUAGGCUUGGAUCAGCAGUAUGACAUCCCUCUUGAAAUCAUUCCUGCCAGUCUUGAAGCUCAAGUGAACUCAGAACUAGUGAUAAGUGAAGCAGAUGAAGAAGUACUCACCAAAUGGCUUCCUCCCUCGUCACACACUCCUGUUUUUAAAUAGAUACUGGGAGCACUGCAAUUUUUCCUUGCUGUCAUGGAAAAACUAAAAAUAACUUUAAUUUGAGCAUCUGUCAUCUAGAGAGGAUGAAAUUUAGUGUUCCAGAGUUAGAAGCUCAUUAAAAUUCAAUAUUGGGAUAAAGAUGUAAAGUAGACCAGUAAUUUUAAUUUAUUUGUUAUUUUUUUAUCCAUCCUGUAUUGAGAAAAAUUCUAUUUAAUAUGCUACACAUGAAUUUUACAUGGAUUAAGAUUGUUGAAUAUACUAUGCUAAAAUAUACACAUAAUUAUAUUAA